ACGCAGGUGCAUCAUAUCAGAUGGUCCAACAUGGCGGCAGCGCCCGGGUCUGUAGGACGAGCCUCAGCGCGAGAAAACUCUUCGUCUGUCGCCGCUGCUUUUGACUUGUCCGAGCCGCCGGUUAUAGACGGCUUCAGUCCUCUCCCGCGUCCCAGAGAGGAGGGCUUCAGAGACAAAUUCAUCCGGAAAACCAAGGAAAACCCGUUUGUCCCUAUCGGUUGCCUGGGCACCGCGGGAGCACUGAUGUACGGUCUCCGCGCCUUUAAACAGGGGAAGACCCGCCAGUCCCAGUUGCUCAUGCGCACUCGGAUCUUCGCCCAAGGGUUCACCGUCGUCGCCAUUAUCGUGGGCGUCGCAGCAGCGGCAAUGAAACCCAGACAGUAACACGUGGGCUUCGGAGUUGGAAUCCGCCUGCACAUCUUCCUCACACGAGUGACCGCAACUGACUGAUUUACUCUUUUAAACAAGUGUUUUUCAGUCGGCUCUGGUUGAAGCCUGUGUAUAAUGGCUAAGUGCUGAGAGAGUGUGGAUAGACGUUAAUUUUUCACCUAUUUUUCUUUCUAAAUGUUAUACAAUUUUACAGCUUUAUAUUUUUUUCUGUAAAAUUUCAGACAGAGUGUCUGAUAUAUAUAAAGUGAAUAAAUAAGUUGAGUUUUGCACUGGAGAUUAGUGACAUUAAGCCUGAGAGACUAAGACUACCUAUAAGGUACAGCAAUCACCAGGAAGCACCCGAUACAAUAUCAUCGCUUUCUGUUGCGAUUCUGUAAAUAUCAUGAUUCGAUAUUUUUUUUUUUACAUUUUGUUACGACUCUAAACAAACUUCAAUUCGCUCCCACGGCACAGGAUGCUUUGCUACCUGAAAAUGUGUGAAUAAUGUAAAAGUGCACCACCUGUAGGAUUACAGCGGAAUUACAUUAUGGAAUUGCCACCUCAAUCAUAUAUAAAUAAAAGAAAUAUAUUAAAAUCAAUUUUGUAGUCAGUUUAUCACAUCUGUACUAGCUAUAAUUUCGUUACACAUCUAAGAAGUGAUGUUUCAAUUGAAACUUUAUCAAUGCUGUGCAAAUUCGGUAUGACUCAAUAAAGCAACAAAUCUUCUCACAUAAGCUCGGAUGUUUCCUUGGACCAAUCCAGUCACACUUAGGGUGUAAAGGUUCUUCAGGUCCAGAUUGCAAUCAGAACCACGUCUUAUUUUUAAUUUAUUCAUAAGAAAACCCUUUUAAAAAUGCAAUUUGACCUUGAUGUGACCUUGACCCUGUUUGGAUCAAUUUUUAAAAAAUCUAAUGAAUACAUCUAGGGUGACUUGAUAUAAAUUGUACAAAAACAGGCAUCGAGUUCCUGCACAUGAGUGCACAAAGCUGUUGCUAAGAUACAGGUAGUUCCUAAUGAUAGAAAAUGUCUGUCCUGUAAAGCUGUCCUGAUUGUUAAUAAUCCUAAUUUUGGAAAAUCCUUAACAAAACACAGAAUUUUCCAAUACAGUGAAAAACAGCUCUGAGACAAAAACGGCGUCUCUGAUUCCCCUUGUGAUUUAAAGGCGCAGAGACAACACUGUUACAUUUCACAAUCAAGAUUAAUUUUCUUCGGCGAUUAUGGUUUUUGGCCACAUGUUGGCAGUGUGGGGAACAGGGACAGAUUUAGUCAACCGGAUUGGUAUUCUUUAAAUCGUAUAUCCAUGUCAAAGGCAUAAAAGACUCACUUUGUCGGACUUCAGAACAAAUCCAACUUACAAAGAUGCUCCCAUAAUCUCAUUCAUAAGUCAGGGACUACCUGUAUAUGAAUGCUUGGAAUAGCUUAUUUUUUGUUUCUAUUGCUAAAAUGUUUUGAUGGUAAAGUUUCUCAUAGUUAUAACAAAAAAAGUUGAAUAAACAGUCUUAACCAUGAAAAA